AUGAAUCAAUGGUUUCAAACAGCACACCGCUUUAAUCCUAAAGCCACGUCGAAUUUGUUUUUUUGUGAAGAUAAUUUUGAUAUCGAUGCAGCUACGAAGAAGAAAAUAACAUUUGAAAAAUUGGCUCGACAAAUAACAAGCACUGCUUCCUGUUUAAAGAAGUUAAGCGUGAAACAAAGUGACGUGGUAGCAAUAUGCAGUGAAAAUAGGAUAGAAUAUCUAAUUUCAGCUAUCGCUAUAUUCUGUUCUGGAGCCAUACUAGUGUGUGUAAAUAACGGCUAUAGCGAAGAUGAAAUGGUACACGCACUCCAUAUAUCAAAACCAAAAUAUAUGUUUAUGUCAUUGGACGCAUACAAUAAAUAUUAUAAACUAAUAAAAAGCCUGACUCUAGUAGAAAAAUUCAUAAUAUUUGAUAACAUAUCUAUGAAUUUCGAAGUUAUCAAUUUUAACGAUAUGCCACAAGGGACCUUAGAAAUGAAUAUUUACGAACCUACUGAAGUGAAUGGGGGAACUGCCUUAAUCCUUUAUUCAUCAGGAACUACAGGUCUCGCUAAAGGAGCAAAAAUAAAUCAUCGCAGUUUGAUUAUAGCUGUACAACAACCAAUACCUUCUAAACGCAAUGUUGUAAUGCUAACUAUAACUCCAUGGUCAAGUACGAUGGGUAUAGUAAUUUUGUUGAGAGAACUUUUUUACGGAAAGACCAUAGCGUUUCUUCCAAGAUUUGAUGAAAAACUGUUUUUACACACAAUACAAACUUAUAAGGUAUGCAUCUUAACAGUAGCUCCGCCUACAAUCGUAACUUUGUGUAAAUCAACCAUUGUAAAUGAAUUCGACAUCAGUUCAGUUGAAAUAAUUCAUAGCGGUGGAGCACCUUUAAACUCGACUGUCAUUAAAGAGCUAAAAACUAGAUUUCCACAUGUUAAGAGCGUAUUGCAAGGGUAUGGAAUGACUGAAACUACCGGAGCGCUGACGGCGGAAGUAGAAAAUAUGAGCAAGGAAGGUAGUGUUGGUAAAAUUGUUUGUGGAAACAUAAUAAAGAUAGUUGAUUUUGAAACUCGUAAAAUAUUGGGCCCCGGUCAGGUUGGAGAAGUUUGCGUGAAAGGACCAAUUCUGUUCGACGGUUAUAUUGGAAAAGAUUCUAAAGAUGAUUUUGAUGAAGACGGUUUCUAUAAAACUGGAGAUAUCGCGUACUACGACGAAGAUGGUUUCUUCUACAUUGUUGACAGAAUAAAAGAACUUAUGAAGUAUAAAGCUUGGCAAGUUCCACCAUCAGAACUAGAAGACCUGAUAAUGAAACUUCCAACUGUAAAAGAUGUAGGAGUAGUGGGCAUCCCGGAUUCUCUUGCUGGUGAAUUACCUACUGCUUUUAUAGUAAAACAACCUAAUAUGGAUGUCAAAGAGACUGAUAUCGUAAAAUACGUAAAUACCAAGGUGUCGCCGUGGAAAAGGUUACGAGGUGGUGUGAUAUUCGUGAAGGAGAUACCAAAAACUGGAAGCGGUAAAAUAUUGAGACGAAAGUUACGUGAUAUGAUACCCAAGUUACCAGCUAGCAAACUGUAA